AUGGAAAUGAAUGAAGAUGAUUCAUUUAUUCUUUACUCAUUUAUGAUGAUGAAGCUGUUCAAGUUAUUCAAAAAACAAAAAAUUCAAGGAAAUGGUUCGCUAUUUGAGGAUUUAACCAAUGAAAUUUACUAUGAAAUCUUUGAUUAUUUAUCUUACAAUGAAAUAACUUCCUCAUUUUUCAAUUUAAAUAUUCGUUUCAACAAUUUAAUUUCAAAUUAUCCACAACAUUUUCAUCUGAGGAAUCAUCAAGUCAUUCCGAGAUAUAUUCGUUCGUUUAAAAUUACAUUAACAUCUCAAAUUUCAUUGUUCGAUUCAAUUGAAUCGUCACACUUUUGUUCCCUUCGUUCAAUUUCACUUGCAAAUUUACGGUGUGACCAAAUUCUUGGAAUUUUAAAUACAAUUCCUUCGAAACAAUUGGAACAUAUUUAUCUUGGAAUUUGUAUUGAUGAUCGAAAAGCUAAUUUCUCCAAAGUUUUAUCUACAAUUCAAAUUCAAGUUCUCAGUUUAACCCACUAUCGACUGAAAUCCUGUCAAAUCAAAGAUCAAUUUUCUCUUGCAAUUUCUGAUUUAUUCUCUCAAUACGAUCAAUUAGAAUAUUUACAGAUCAAAUCCUGUGAGAACUUUUCUUUUCUUUCCGAAAUUCUUCUGCGAACGCCAAAAUUAAAUUCACUCGAUGUGUCCCUUCGAGAAUCGAAUCAAUCGAUAUUGACACCUAAUCAAUGUUAUUUAACAACGCUUAAUUUGCGUCCGCAUUCGACUUGUUCAAUUGCUGAAUUGAAAGACUUUCUUGGUCAAUGUUGUUCGCAUCUACACAACUUGUCUGUUUAUUUAUAUGUUCACCGACAUACGCCACCGGAAUUACUUGUUGAUAAAGAUCAGUGGAAGAAUAUUUUACCUAUACAACUGAAAUAUUUUCGUUUGAAAUCGAUUCCCAAUUCCUCGAUUCAUUUCUAUCAAUUUGGUAUCGACAAUGAACAGUGUCACAAACCUUUCCACGAUCAAAUCUAUUUUCUGUCAGAACAACAUCAUGUUUGUCGAGUCCGUAUCGAUGCGGUUUUCGUCAAAUAUUGGAAUAGAUGA